GGGCGCGGGGUGUCGGGGCGCGCGCGCAUGGAGGCGGAGCCGGCAGCCGCGUGAGGGCAGCCGGGCGAGCCGAGCGGGCCUUCUCGCGCAUCCUUCGAGCGACCUCGUGCGCGCUGCACCCGGCGGCUGCGGGCCGCGGAGCCGGCGCGGCCAUGGCGACGGGCACUCAGCAGAAGGAGAACACGCUGCUUCACCUCUUCGCCGGCGGGUGUGGGGGCACGGUUGGUGCUAUUUUUACGUGUCCACUAGAAGUCAUUAAGACACGGUUGCAGUCUUCAAGAUUAGCUCUUCGGACAGUCUAUUAUCCUCAGGUUCAUCUGGGGACCAUUAGUGGAGCUGGGAUGGUGAGACCAACAUCUGUGACACCUGGGCUCUUCCAGGUUCUGAAGUCAAUCUUGGAGAAGGAGGGACCAAAGUCACUUUUUAGAGGCUUGGGUCCAAAUUUGGUUGGAGUUGCGCCCUCAAGGGCUGUGUACUUUGCGUGUUACUCCAAAGCCAAAGAGCAGUUCAAUGGCAUUUUUGUGCCUAACAGUAAUAUUGUGCAUAUUUUCUCAGCUGGCUCUGCAGCUUUUGUCACAAAUACCUUAAUGAAUCCUAUAUGGAUGGUUAAAACCCGGAUGCAGCUAGAACGGAAAGUGAGAGGCUCUAAGCAGAUGAACACACUCCAGUGUGCUCGCUAUGUUUACCAGACAGAAGGCAUCCGUGGCUUCUACAGGGGAUUAACGGCCUCGUAUGCUGGAAUUUCAGAAACUAUCAUCUGUUUUGCUAUUUAUGAAAGUUUGAAGAAGUAUCUGAAAGAAGCUCCAUUAGCCUCUUCUACAAACGGGACUGAGAAGAGUUCCCCAAGUUUUUUUGGACUUAUGGCAGCUGCUGCGAUUUCUAAGGGAUGUGCUUCCUGCAUCGCUUAUCCGCACGAAGUCAUAAGGACACGGCUCCGGGAGGAAGGCACCAAGUACAAGUCUUUUGUCCAGACCGCUCGGCUGGUCUUCCGGGAAGAAGGUUACCUUGCCUUCUAUAGAGGACUCUUUGCCCAGCUCAUCCGGCAGAUACCAAAUACUGCCAUCGUGUUGUCUACCUAUGAGUUAAUUGUGUACCUGUUAGAAGACCGUACCCAGUAAUGGGCCAGAAAAUUGUGCCCUUGAAGAAUAAAAUUGAAAAACUCUAGAGAAAAUUUUUUUUCCAUUGAUGUUUAGAAUGUUUGAGACUGAAACAGGAAAGGCCAUAAAAUACGUGGCCUGUAUCACCCGUUGGACAUUUCCUUUUGGAUUCAUGUUUUCUGGAAGGUUUAAAUUCAUUAACGUUAAUAGUUAAUUAUAACUUUUGUUUUUUUAACUUAAGAGGAUUCAGGAUUAAGCAGCUAAAUUAAAUCAUGCUACUUAAUUUAAGUAUAAA